GAUCACCAGACAGACAGACAGGAGCAGGAGGCAAACUAAACUUCACUGUCUUGUAGCGAAAAGACGUAAUUGUGUAGCCCAUUUCUGGUAACUCUCUGUGUUUAAAAUGCAUUCACGUUGUGGCGGAACAUCUGAGGCGAAAGAUGCAAAUGAAGAGGUUCAGAAAAUAUGCGACGAGAUGAAGUCUCAUGCCGAGGAUAAAGCUGAGCGUAAGUUUGACGUUUUCACCGCCAUAUCUUUUAAAACACAAGUUGUUGCGGGGAGGAAUUACUUCGUUAAGGUGCAUGUAGGUGGGGACGACUACAUUCAUCUACGCAUCUAUAAAUCUUUACCCCAUGCUGGAUCAAAACUAGAGCUGGACGGCGUACAGACAUCCAAGGCUCAUCAUGAUCCAAUUGAAUACUUCUGAAGCAAAUUCAUAAAUACUGCUCAUGCAUUUCAGUGUUACCAUUUUUAUACAGUAAAUGUUUACAUUAACACCUGACGAUACAUGUUAACCCAAUCAUUACAUUUGAUGACCUUAAAACUGAAUUUAUUGACUAGUGGGAUCAUGGGUAAACACUACCAAUGAAACUCACUGUGAAUUAGGUAAUCCUUUAAAUAUACAUUAUGUCCAUUAUGUGUUUGGCAUAGCUGUAAAAUAACAGUUCAUUUUCUCACCCACAUUCCAAAAACAUUGCUUAACUGUCUGGUCUUCACUUUUGGGGUUUUGUUAUUAAUGAUACUGAUGCAGUUAACAGUUAUUUUAUACCUAACUGCCAAUAAUGUAGAGUAUUCACAUUAAAUGGAUGGAUGCAUCUUUAAA